AUGGAAGCUCCCGGUCGUUUGUAUCUCUUCGGAGAUCAGACUGCGGAUGUCGACUCGGGCCUCCGCCGUCUAUUGCAUGCCAAGAAUGACUCGCUGCUGGUAGCCUUUUUCCAAAAGUGUUACUAUGCUUUGCGCAAGGAAAUCACUUCGUUCUCUCCAUCGGAGCGGGAGACAUUUCCUCGGUUUACCAGCAUUGUUGAUCUGCUCGCGAGACACCGAGAGUCAGGACCGAACCCUUCCCUGGAGAGUGCAUUGACAACAAUGUACCAGCUUGGAUGUUUCAUCCAUUAUUAUGGCGAUUUGGGUCAUACCUAUCCGACGGGUGAUGGAAACUGCAUCAUCGGUCUUUGCACCGGACAACUUGCAUCUGCAGCUGUCAGUUCUUCGAAAACUGUCGGGGAGCUCAUUUCGGUUGGAGUUCACACGGUGGUUCUUGCUCUCAGGCUUGGAAUGUGCGUCUUGAAGGUACAAGAACUUAUAGAGCCAAGCAAAUCGGCAGCAUCAAGCUGGUCUGUGCUAGUUUCAGGCAUGCGCGAGACCGAGGCUCAGGAAUUGAUCGAACAGUAUGCAAAGAAAAACGCAUUGCCGCGAGCUUCUCGGCCUUAUGUCAGCGCUGUCAGUCCCAAUGGAAUUACUAUCAGCGGUCCGCCGACUUCCUUAGAUCGUUUUGUGGAGGCAAGUCUCUCAAAGGAGCAUAAGCCCAUGAAAGUCCCGAUUCAUGGCCCUUAUCAUGCCCCGCAUCUGUAUGACGACAAGGACGUCAGCCGUAUUAUGGAGUCUUGGCCCGCGGAACAACUUGCGACCUACGUGCCCCAGAUCGCCGUGCUUUCAUGUGAGACUGGUCAGAGAUUUGAGGCUGAGAGCCUUGAGCAACUUCUGAGAGUUUCUCUUGGGGAGAUUCUGCAGCGACAGCUUUGCUGGGACAAGGUCAUCGAAUCGUCUCAGUCGAUGUUGGAGCCUGCCACAUCAUGCACGCUAUUCCCAGUUUCCAGCACCGCAACACAGAGUCUCUUUGGCUCAUUGAAGAAAGCUGGAGUUGCCAACAUUGAAAUUAACAGCGCAAUCGGCCAUGUCGACACAGAGUCUGAUGCAGAUAACCGAACCGGUCGUGCCGAACGGUCGAAGAUCGCAAUCAUCGGUCUUUCCGGAAGAUUCCCGGAGGCUCCUGACACCGAAGCUUUCUGGGAUCUCUUGAAGAAGGGUCUGGAUGUUCAUCGGGAGGUUCCACCAGAGCGAUGGGAUGUCAAGGCUCACGUCGAUAUGGAGGGGAAGACCAGAAACACCAGCCAAGUGCAAUACGGAUGUUGGUACAAUGAUGCUGGAAUGUUUGAUCCCCGUUUCUUCAACAUGUCUCCCCGGGAGGCACUUCAAGCAGAUCCCGCUCAGCGUCUGGCACUCUUGACUGCUUACGAGGCUUUGGAGAUGGCAGGCUUCAUUCCUAAUAGCACACCCUCAACGCAGAAGAACCGAGUUGGCGUUUUCUAUGGAAUGACCAGUGACGACUACCGUGAAGUCAACAGCGGUCAGGAUAUCGACACCUACUUCAUUCCGGGAGGUAACCGUGCUUUCACUCCCGGCCGCAUCAACUAUUACUUCAAAUUCAGUGGCCCCAGUGUCAGUGUGGAUACAGCUUGUUCCUCCAGUCUUGCGGCCAUUCAUGUUGCUUGCAAUUCCCUAUGGAGAAAUGACUGUGACUCUGCUGUGGCUGGUGGUGUGAACAUCCUGACAAACCCCGACAAUCAUGCUGGUCUUGACCGUGGACACUUCCUCUCAAGGACUGGAAACUGCACCACCUUUGACGAUGGAGCUGAUGGUUACUGCAGAUCGGAUGGAAUCGGCUCCAUUGUUCUGAAGAGACUUGAAGACGCCCAGGCGGAUAAUGACCCCAUCUAUGGUAUCAUCGGAGGAGCUUACACCAACCAUUCAGCAGAGGCCGUUUCGAUCACCCGGCCCCAUGUUGGCGCGCAGUCAUUCAUCUUUGAUAAGCUUCUCAACGAGUCAAACACCGAUCCCAAGGAGAUUAGCUAUAUUGAGAUGCAUGGAACAGGUACCCAGGCAGGCGAUGCAGUUGAAAUGCAGUCGGUUCUCGAGGUCUUCGCUCCUGACUACCGUCGCGGGCCGAACCAGUCACUUCACCUCGGCUCAGCAAAGGCAAACGUCGGUCACGGAGAGUCUGCCUCUGGUGUUACAGCCUUGAUCAAAGUCUUGAUGAUGAUGCGGAAGAACAUGAUCCCUCCUCAUUGCGGUAUCAAGACUAAGAUCAACCACAACUUCCCGACCGACUUCCCCCAGCGCAACGUCCACAUCGCGUCCGAGCCUACCCCCUGGAAUAGGCCUAGUGGCGGCAAGAGAAAGACCUUCGUCAACAACUUCUCGGCUGCUGGUGGCAACACUGCGCUGCUGGUCGAGGAUGGUCCACUCGAUGAGGAGAAUUUGGAAGAUCCCCGGUCUACACACCCUGUGCUUGUUUCUGCUAGAUCUCAAUCUGCACUCAAAAACAACAUCUCCGCUCUUGUGCAGUACAUUGACACAAACAAGAACCUGUUCAAUGUGAACGACGCCAGCCUUCUUGCAAAUCUGUCUUAUACCACCACGGCGAGGCGCCUUCAUCACCCCUUUAGGGUCGCUGUCACUGGUUCCACCCUGGAUGAUGUGAGAAGCGCAUUGGCCCCAAUCGUCAACCGCGAAAGCAUCAGCCCAGCUCCCGCCAACGCACCCGGUAUUGGCUUUGCGUUCACCGGGCAGGGUGCCCAGUACGCUGGCAUGGGGCGCCAAUUGUUUGAGAGCUGCUCGCAGUUCCGCAGCCACAUCGAGCACUUUGACUGUCUCGGUCAGAGUCACGGCUUCCCAUCCAUCGUGCCUCUGAUUGAUGGUAGCGUUCCGAUUGAAGAGCUUAGCCCGGUUGUCACCCAGCUCGGAACCACCUGUGUGCAGAUGGCCUUGACCAAGUAUUGGACUUCUCUGGGAGUUGUUCCCACUUUUGUUCUCGGUCAUAGCCUCGGCGAGUAUGCGGCGCUCAAUGCUGCUGGUAUCUUGUCCACAGGUGAUACCAUCUAUCUUACCGGACGACGGGCUCAACUUCUGACCGAGCAAUGCAAGGUUGGAACACAUGCUAUGCUUGCUGUCAAGUCGUCGGUAGCUCAGGUGAAGCAGUUCCUCGAUGAUUCUACCGAGGUGGCUUGUAUCAACGCUCCCAGCGAGACUGUCAUCAGUGGUGCGAGUGAGAAAAUCGACGAGCUCGCUCAAACUCUUGCCAACGAAGGCUUCAAAGCCACCAAGCUGAAGGUACCUUUUGCUUUCCACUCUGCGCAAGUUGAGCCUAUUCUUGAAGGUCUUGCCGAGAUUUCAAAGGGCGUUACUUUCAACAAACCCUCUAUUCCCUUCGUGUCUGCCCUUCUUGGGGAUGUCAUCAAGGAGGAUAACUCUGAGGUGCUUGGUCCCGUUUACCUGACUCGCCACUGCCGGGAGACUGUCAACUUCCUGGGUGCUCUGGAAGCCACCCGCCACUCCCACUUGAUGAAUGACAAGACCCUCUGGGUUGAGGUUGGCUCUCAUACCGUCUGCUCUGGGAUGGUUAAGUCAACUUUCGGUCCCCAGGCGACGACUGUUGCAUCUCUUCGUCGCCAGGAAGACACUUGGAAGGUUCUGUCACUCAGCCUUUCUGCUCUUUACUUGGCUGGAGUUGAGAUCCACUGGAAAGAGUACCACCAGGACUUUACUGCUGGACACAAAGUUCUCCCGCUUCCUUCCUACAAGUGGGACCUUAAGAACUAUUGGAUCCCCUAUACCAAUAACUUCUGUCUGCUCAAAGGUGCACCUGCGGUACCAGCUGUUGAGGCUGAGCCAGUCUCUGUUUUCUUGUCAACAGCUGCACAGAAAAUUUUGGAGACAAGUGGCGACGUCUUGUCGGCAACUGUUAUUAUCGAGAAUGACAUUGCUGAUCCCGAACUGAACCGUGUCAUUGCAGGCCACAAGGUCAAUGGUGCCUGUCUUACUCCAUCGUCUUUGUAUGCCGAUAUUGCCCAGACACUCGGUGAAUACCUGGUUCAGAACUACAAGCCCGAGUGGAAAGACCGCGGCUUUGACGUCUGCAAUAUGGUAGUCCCCAAGCCCCUUAUUGCAAAGGGCGGCAAGCAGCUCUUCCGAGUCUCAGCUACUGCGCACUGGUCGGAGGAGAGCGCCCAAGUUCAAGUGUGGUCGGUCACCCCUGAAGGCAAAAAGAUCCUUGACCACGCCAACUGCACAAUCAAGUUCUUUGACCCCAGCGUUUAUGACCUCGAGUGGAAGCGCAGCUCCUAUCUCAUCAAGCGAAGCAUUGAGCAUCUCCAAGAGAGCACAAUCUCGGGCCAGGCUCACCGCAUGAAGCGAGGAAUGGUCUACAAGCUCUUUGCCUCUCUGGUGGACUAUGACGAGAACUACAAGUCCAUUCGCGAAGUCAUUCUCGACAGUGAUGAGCACGAAGCUACCGCUUUAGUCAAGUUCGAGGCUCCCCCUGGCAACUUCCAUCGCAACCCAUUCUGGAUCGACAGCAUCGGCCACUUGUCCGGCUUCAUCAUGAAUGCCAGUGAUAACACUGAUUCGAAGAACCAAGUGUUUGUCAACCACGGAUGGGAUUCGAUGCGCUGCUUGAAGAAGUUCGAUCCCAGCGUCACUUACCGGACCUACGUGAAGAUGCAGCCCUGGAAAGACUCCAUCUUCGCCGGUGAUGUAUAUAUGUUUGAUGGCGAUGACAUUGUGGCCGUGUACGGUGGUGUUAAGUUCCAAGGAUUGGCACGCAAGAUCCUCGACAUGGCUCUUCCUCCCGCUGGAGCUCCCGCUCCCAAGCCGGCUGCCAAACGUACCCCUGCCCCCAUUGAUGUCCAAAAGGCGAAGACUGGACCUGUCAAGAAGGCCUCCGUUUCGACGAAGUCUCCUAGUUUGGUCUCGCGCGCUCUUGCAAUCCUGGCUGAAGAAGUCGGGCUCUCAGCAUCUGAGAUGACUGAUGAUCUCAACUUCGCCGAUUACGGAGUUGACUCCCUGCUCUCAUUGACUGUCACUGGCCGCUACCGUGAAGAAACGGGACUUGACUUCGAGUCCUCUGUCUUUGUUAACCACCCAACCGUCAAAGACUUCAAGCGUCUUUUGGCUCAAAUGAGCCCUGCCGAUAGCAGCAAUGAUGAGACUAGCAGUGAGGGCAGCAUGUCUUCGGCUGCAUCCACGACCGACGUCUCGACUCCAAAUUCCAGCGGUCUGCCUACACCUGCGAAUGAGAAAGCGAUGACACAUGGCUCGACAGUGCAAAAUGACAGCAUGAAGCGGAUUGUCUCAAUCCUAGCCGAGGAGAUCGGCGUUGAGCAACAUGAACUCGACGGAAAUGCGAACCUUGGUGAGAUGGGCCUGGACUCAUUGAUGUCGCUUACAGUCCUUGGCAAGAUCCGCGAGGACUUGGAUCUCGAUCUCCCAGGAGAAUUCUUCAUCGAGAAUCAAACCCUGGAUGAUAUUGAAGUCACCCUGGAUCUGAAGCCCAAGCCCGCCCCCGCGGAGCCCAUCAGACUCCCCCAGCAAAUCCCAAUCCCAUCCCCAUCCCCGGUGAUUGCCCCGAGGACUGCCAUUCAGCACCCACCGGCGACCUCAAUCCUCCUGCAAGGAAACCCCAAGACAGCAACUCAGAAGCUGUUCUUAUUCCCCGAUGGUUCCGGAUCCGCCACCUCAUACGCCACCAUCCCCGGUGUCUCUCCCGAUGUGUGUGUCUACGGACUAAACUGUCCCUACAUGCGCACUCCCGAGAACCUCAAGUUCAGCCUGGACGAGCUCACAGCCCCCUACGUUGCAGAGAUCCGACGCCGCCAGCCCACUGGGCCCUACAACUUCGGUGGCUGGUCCGCCGGUGGUAUCUGCGCCUACGACGCCGCGCGCCAUCUAAUCUUCGAGGAGGGCGAACGUGUCGAACGCCUGCUUCUCCUCGACUCACCCUUCCCCAUCGGUCUGGAGAAGCUUCCCCCGCGUCUGUAUAGCUUCUUCGACACAAUCGGUCUAUUCGGCGAGGGCAAGGCACCCCCACCAAAAUGGCUCCUCCCUCACUUCCUGGCUUUCAUCGACUCCUUGGAUGCUUACAAGGCGGUUCCUUUCCCCUACAUGGAUCCCAAGCAAGCUGGAAAGCUCCCCAAGACCUUCUUAGUCUGGGCCAAGGAUGGUGUCUGCUCCAAGCCUGGAGAUCCUCGUCCUGCACCUGCUGCGGAUGGCAGCCCGGACCCCCGUGAGAUGCUCUGGUUAUUGAACAACCGCACUGAUCUCGGCCCCAAUGGUUGGGAUACUCUUGUUGGACCGAAGCAUGUUGGUGGUAUUACUGUCAUGGAGGGUGCUAAUCACUUCACUAUGACUCGUGGCGAGAAGGCCAAGGAGUUGGCUGCGUUCAUUGCUAAUGCUAUGGCUUCAGCGUAA